CAUUGCAAAUCUGAAAUUGAGGUAUCGAUAAGGGAACUAUCCCUGUUUUGCUAAUAAAACGGGGUUUAAGUGUGGAAAUUACAUAAAGGGGCUUCGGGUGAAGAUGGCAGCAAGAACACAGGAUAUGCCUCCACCAGGAGGCUAUCAAAAAAUUGAAUUCAAAAGAAUUCCAGCUCGUAAAUACUUCACGGGUUAUCAAAUGAUUCUUGGAUACCUUGGGGUAACUGCUGGAUCAGCUUACUUAUAUUAUCUAAAUACACUUGAAAUCGAUCGCGAAGAUAUUGAAAUGAGAUCUGCGAAAUUAGCAACGUUUCCUCUGUUAUUAGCAGAACGUGACAGAGAAUAUUUGAAGCAAUUAAGACGCAACAGAGAUGAAGAAGCAGAUCUCAUGAAGAAUGUUGCUGGAUGGAAAGUAGGAACAUGGUAUGGCGAGCCCGUUUUCAAAACAUUGCCAAAGGAUAAAAUCAUUGAUCCUCAUUGGCAAGAUUUCUGUGCACACGCACCAUAUAGAAUCCAAGCUCAUCGUACUUUCUUCCAUAUGUACGAUUAAUCAUUUCAAGAAAUGAUAAUUCGAGUAAAAAUAAUUUCUUGUAAAAUUGAAGUUCGAUAAAAUGGAACUUAGUGAAAAUAAAAACUAAUAAAAAUCAUAA